CACCGAAAGGAGAGCUGUCGAGGUCGAAUUGUAGGAUUUCUUUAGUCCUGGUCAAAAUUAGGGCCAAAUAAUGCCUUCAGACUAUGAUAAAGAAGCAUAUCCGGAGCCUCCUCGGCAGACUCCGGCUGUGGACAAACAGACAGCACUGCCAAACCCUGCUCUGAUUUUGUCUAAACUCUUCUAUUACUCCGUGGACCUGCCUGUCACCACAAUUCGAGGUGUUGUUGAUGGCAUCCGGGCUAAUAACAGGUCGGUCUACUACCACCAGAAGUUCCGCCGUGUCCCCGACCUGACCGAGUGCCAGGAGGGAGAUUACCUCUGCUACUAUGAAGCAGAGAUGCAGUGGAGGAGAGACUAUAAAGUGGACCAGGAGAUUGUAAAGGUGGUCCAGGAACGUCUGAGGGCCUGCCAGCAGAGGGAAGGAUCCAGCUAUGAGCAGAACUGUGCCAGGGAGAUAGACCAGUUCCACGAGACAACAAAGAACUUCCAAUCACGCUAUGGGGACCUGGGAGCGUACGCCAGCGGGAGGAAAUGUCUAAUGAAGCAAAAAGAAAGGAUGAUGGCGGCAGCUCAGACCCAGACAGCUUAAACACAGUUCUCUACUAUCUGUCCUCUGUAAUACUUGUAAAAUAAAGUUUAUGUGAUAAAUCAAA